GUGUUGAAGAUGGACAAACUGUAAGAGUUAAAGUUGGACAACAGGAAAUUUUAGUCACAUUUAGGGUUUUAGAAAGUAAAUAUUUCCGACGAGAAGGUGCAGAUAUUCACACAGAUGGAGUGAUAAGUCUUUCCCAAGCUGUAUUAGGAGGUGAAAUUAAAAUUCAGGGAUUACAUGAUGAUAUAAAAUUAAAGAUCCCACCUGGAACAUCUUCACAUAAAGUGUUCAGGUUUUCUGGAAAAGGAAUUAAGCAAUCAACUGGUUUUGGCUAUGGUGAUCAUUAUGUUCAUAUCAAAAUUUCAAUUCCCCAGUUAGUAAACUCUUUUAAUUUAUUUUUAUUUUUAAUCCUUUAA